UCCAUGAAAUUUGACCAAAGUGUAUAUAAGUGAUAGCGAAAGUUCCAAUUUCAAAUUAAAAUCACAAUAGGUUUUCUUGUAGACACAGGGAUAGUCAAUAUAAAAGGUAUAUAUUGGUUGUUGGAUAUAUUUUAUGUCUGUCUAUUUGUAUACUUGUCUAAAGGAUUACACAAGUUGUGAAGAUGUGGCUCAACGUCAAGGCCUGCAUCCUCAUUUUUAUGAUAUCUGCAAUGUGUAUUGCAGCGGAUCCUGAACCGGAAACAGAAGCAGACAUUGAACCAAGGCAUGAGAAAAAGCAAGUAAUCUUGUUCAAGGAUCAGACGGAACAUUUCCAUCAUCAUCAUCACCACCACCAUCAUCACCACAAGCACGGUCAUGAUCAUAAGCACGCUCAUGGUCAUAAACACGCUCACGGUCACAAACACGAACAUGGUCAUAAGCACGGUCAUGUUCACAAACAUGAACACGGUCAUAAGCAUGGUCAUCUUCAUAAGCAUGCUCAUGGGCACAAACAUGAGCAUGGCCAUAAACAUGGGCACCUUCAUAAACAUGCUCAUGCUCAUAAGCACGGACACGGUCACAAACAUAUACAUGGACACAAACAUGGACAUGCGCAUAAACACGGGCAUGCUCAUAAGCAUGGGCACUGGCAUAAACAUGGCCACGAACAUAAACAUGGACAUGUUCACAAGCAUGAACACGGACACAAGCAUGGUCAUGCUCAUGGGCAUGUGCAUAAACAUGGCCACGGACAUGUUCAUGAACACGGGCACAAACACGGCCAUCUUCACAAGCAUGGUCAUGGACAUGCUCACGAGCAUGGUCAUAAACAUGCUCACGGCCAUAAACACGGUCACGAACAUAAGCAUGGUCAUGUACAUGGCCACAAGCAUGGCCACGCACACAAGCAUGGACAUGAACAUGGGCAUAAACAUGGUCACGGACACAAGCACGCUCAUGCUCAUGGUCAUAAACAUAUUCAUGGCCACAAGCAUGGACAUGGACAUAAACACGGGCACGGACAUGCUCAUGCCCAUAAACAUGGGCAUGGUCACGAGCAUUUGCACGGUCAUAAACACGGUCACGCACAUAAACAUGGACAUGGUCACAAGCACGAACACGGUCACGGACACAAACAUGGCCAUCACCAUGGACAUAAAUGGUUCGGCUACAUUACUGGCUUAAAAGGUCAUCCACAUACCAUUGCAGAAGAAAAAGAAUUCUCCCAUGAUGAACAAAAUGAAUAUUCUCCCGAAGUUUUAGAAGUUGAACCUGAAAUUCUCUAUGAUGACGCUUCUGAGGGAGUUAAAACUGAAGCUGGUGACGAAGUUGAACCUGAACAUACUUUAGACUCUAAGUUGAAAUACGAUCUUCUGCCAGCUGAAGGCAAAGCUGUAACCGUUGAAUACCGACAUUUUGGUAAAUCUAGUCCUAACUCUUCAAAUGAAAUCAAAAAUGUAAUUAUACAUUAAAUUUAGUGGGAGUCUGUAUUUUGAAAAUCUCACGCAAAAAAUCCAUCUCAUAAUGAGAUACAUGUAUAUUAAAAGUCUGUUCAUUUAAAAAAAAAAAACUAAAACGCACAUACUUGGUGAUGGAUAGCAGAAAAGGGAAGCUUUUAUUUAGGUAGCAGGUCGUUAUUUUAGAUUCUAUAUUUAUAGCCAUCCAAUUGUUAUAU